GAUGGCGGCGCCUGUCUGAAACCUCCGGAGGGGUCGGAAUUAAAACUGUCUUCAAGAAAAAAUGUCAUCUCCUUUCUCUUCUCUCAGCAAGAUUCGUAGAAUGCCACUUCAGUUGCAGCCAACAGAGAAAAAGGCAAUACCACUCCAGACAAAUAUCCAGAAUGAAGAUGAAGCUGCUAUGAUGGAUGAAAUUCUAGGGCCAGGAGCUCAAAUUCCAGUACAAAUUAAUUUGCCUUCUUGCUCAAAUGGAGCUACAGCACAAUCAUCUAUGCUUGGGAAUGCUCCGAGUGAUAUGGAGUUGAUGACUUCUAUGAUGCAGAAGAUUGCUUCUUUGGAGCAGAAAGUCAAGAGCCAAGCACAAGCCAUCCAAGAGAAGGUGACAACAGAACCAGUGCAGGAAUUGCCCUUGACCUAUUCGACAUUUAUUGAUAGGAGAGCUCCCCCUUUUUGUGGUUUUUCUUUUUCGUUUGAAAAAACUUCAUUGGGGACAAGCCGAGUUGAGGAACUGGAAAUGUUAUGCCUUCAGCUGCAACGUCAGGUUUGGGAAAUGGAGCGGUUUCUGAAUGACUAUGGAUUGAUCUGGGUUGGAGAAGACCCAGAUUCUUUGAGGGAUCUGGAGUCCCUAGAGGAAGAAGACAGUCCAACAUCAAGGACUUUCUGGAAACCAGGUGAAGCCAUCAUGUCUGAAACCCCAAUCGAUUUUGAUCUGAUUUUAAAGAACCUGAAAGAUUUGAAUGUGCUGGCUGGAGAAGGUAUAUCCCAAAUCAAACACACUACAGGUGGAGCUCGGUUGAAGCGCUUGGAUUCAGUUCCGAUCACCUUCUAUCAGAACGGGAUUGUCAUGUUCAGUGGACCUUUCCGGUCAUAUGAAGAUCCUUCCACACAGCGUUGCCUGCAAGAUAUUCUGGAUGGCUUUUUCCCUUCCGAGCUGCAAAGGCGUUACCCCAGUGGUGUCCCAUUUCAGGUCACCGACAAGAGAGAUGUCUUAUUUCGGGAAAGGAAGCUGCCAGGGUAUUUUCCUGGCUUUGGCCAGGCUGUUGGGCGUUCCAGACCAAGUGGCCUAAAGGAGACAAGUGAAAUCUCAGGUCCUAAACUCACCAUGGAACAAUUUUUGAACAAACUUCCAAAGUCGCUGGUUCGAGAUGGGCAAGUAAUAGAUAUCCGGGAAGAUCUUAAAAAGACCCUUCAGGGCCUGGAUGGAGCACAAAGCCAUGAAGUGGUUUUGGUGGAGACGCCCAGCCUUACAGCACUGAGGAAGAGACUGGAAGGGAAGCAGAAAACAGAGGGGCCUGGCACCAACAUUUCAACUCUUCGGAUAAAAUCAGAGGACGGAGAGAAGACAUACAUUGUCAAAAUGUCAUUCACAGAGACUAUUGGACACUUGCGCCAACACCUUGCUCAGAACAGGGGUGAAGCAGUGGAGCCCUUCGAGAUCCUCAGCACGUUCCCCCUUCGGGUGUAUAACAACGAUGCUGUGAGCCUUGAGGAAUGUGGGUUGGUCCCCAACGCAUUCCUUCUGCUGAGGAAGAAACUCCCUCCCGCCAAAGCAGGAGAGGAAUAGCUGGAAUGGUUCACAGUAGACUUGGCUGCCGUUCAGCUAGGACGUUGUGUGCCUUCUCCUGCUUCUCCAAGGUAGCUGCUGGGAUACGGGCCAAAGGUCUAACUGUAUAAGAGCAGCUCCAGGAUGGAAACAAGUAAUACUUGUGGUUCCAGCCACACGGGUUAGAACUAGCCACUGUAUUCCCUCCCACUCCCGUCCCCCAAGUAAACAAGCCAGGGCAAACUAAAUGAAUGUUGAAUGGCUUAGAUAUUGGCAACAUUAAACUAAGUGGACUUCAACUCCCAGAAUGCCCCAGCCAGCCACAGAGCUUUAUGCAACACUUUAUUUCCUACCCUAACGGAGGUAAAGACUUUAGCCUUACUUGUCUCAUUCUACCCAGCCCGAAAGGAACUAAAAUAAAUUAGCCUUUAUUACCAUUCCUUUAGGAACGUCAAGACUAUUUCGGCAAGAAAAAACUGGUGGG